CUAGAAACUUCGUCAGCCAACACUUCACACUUCUCCGCAUCGAUUCGAUAAUCCCCGAAGGUACUAGAAUUCUCCUUUUACUUCUCAUACAUAAAUACCCAACACGUCACUCCUCUCUCCUCACUUCAUCAUCAACCAACAACAAAUCAAAGCAAUCGUUCCAGCGUCCAACAUUCUCGCCAUCCAAACCCUCAACCAAUCCCACACCGAAACCAAAAAAAUGUCUCUAAUCCCAAGCUUCUUCGGCAACCGACGAGGCAACAGCGCUAACAGCAGCAUCUUCGAUCCCUUCCCCCUCGACGUCUGGGACCCAUUCCGGACCUUUCCCCAAUUCCCCGAACUCUCCCGCGAGAACUCGGCGUUCGUGACCACGCGCGUCGACUGGAAGGAGACCCCGGAGGCGCACGUGUUCAAGGCGGACCUGCCGGGGCUGAAGAAGGAGGAGGUGAAGGUGGAGGUCGAGGACGACAGGGUGUUGCAGAUCAGCGGGGAGAGGAGCGUGGAGAAGGAGGAGAAGGAUGAGGCGUGGCACCGGGUGGAGAGGAGCAGCGGGAAGUUCGUGAGGCGGUUCAGGCUGCCGGAGAACGCGAAGAUGGAUCAGGUAAAGGCGGCCAUGGAGAACGGGGUUCUGACCGUGACGGUUCCGAAGGAGGAGGUGAAGAAGCCCGAUGUUAAGAGUAUUGAGAUCUCCGGUUAGAGCUUGGUCCAUGUCAAUUCUCUUUCAAGAUGCCUGAGUCAGUAGUAUUGUAUUAGUAGUAGUAUAUAGAUAUGAUGUGAAUUGUAGUGUGUGACUGUGUGGGUCGGUUUGGGCUUUGUAUUUUCUGUUUCAGAGUCUUAAAGUCCUGUUUUGGGUGUAGUAAGGUUUUAAUUGAAAUAUGUGAUGAGAAUUUGAGUGUUCCUGUUUACUAA